GCAAAAAACUACAACUCCCAUGAGGCUGUGUGGCGGCGGGACCCACAACUCCCAGCAUUCUCUGCGAGUCUCAAAGGUGUACAGGGUGACAAGCGCAGCGUUAGGGUGCGAAAUGCUCGCGGAGGGUGGGGAGAAGAUGCCGCGGUUAGGAAUGGCAGCCUCUGAGGAGGAACCCGAGGCCCCGACUGAGCAGCAGGAUAUCACGCGUGGCCUGGAGAACUUGCCCGUGAGCUGGUGGCCCCCUGAGGUGGAGCCGGCGCCUUUCCAGUAUACUCCUGAUCACGUCACUGGACCUGGAGCAGACAUUGAUCCCACUGAAAUAACCUUUCCCGGAUGCAUUUGUCUCAAAACUCCCUGCCGCCCUGAUACUUGCUCCUGUCUCUGUCAGGAGAACUAUGACGAUAAUUCAUGCCUCAGAAAUAUAGGAUCGGAAGGAAAGUAUGCCCAGCCAGUUUUUGAAUGCAAUGCCAUGUGCCAGUGCAGUGACCGCUGCAAAAACAGAGUGGUCCAGAGGGGUCUGCAGUUCCACCUCCAGGUGUUCAAGACAGAUAAAAAAGGCUGGGGACUUCGGACCUUGGAAUUUAUACCAAGAGGAAGGUUUGUCUGUGAAUAUGCUGGUGAGGUUUUAGGGUUCCCUGAAGUGCAGAGAAGAAUUCAGUUACAGACUGUACAUGAUUCAAAUUAUAUUAUAGCCAUCAGGGAACAUGUUUAUAAUGGACAGGUGAUGGAAACAUUUGUUGAUCCUACCUAUACAGGAAAUAUUGGAAGAUACCUUAACCAUUCUUGUGAACCAAACCUGUUGAUGAUUCCUGUCCGAAUUGACUCCAUGGUACCUAAGUUGGCUCUGUUUGCAGCCAAAGACAUUUUGCCGGAAGAAGAACUCUCUUAUGACUAUUCAGGAAGAUUUCUUAACCUGAUGGACAGUGAAGAUGGAGAGAAGCUAGAUAAAGGAAAACCAAGAAAACCUUGUUACUGUGGUGCCAAAUCGUGUACUGCUUCCCUGCCUUAUGACAGUUCACUGUACUGCCCCUUAUAAAAGCCAGUCAUCAAUUAGGAGGGAAAAGUAUAGGAGACAUACAUCUGGUCUCCCUCAGUGGAUGAGAAUGAGAAGGAACCAAGUGCAUAUGGCUCAGCCCCUUCUGGCUUCCCCCUCUUGCAAGCAACUUAUCCUUGAGGUAAGUUUCUGCUCUCUGGUAAGCAGCUUGCCUGUCCCUCUGGGGAGGCCAGUGGUUAUCUAGCUGUGCCUCUGCCUGGCUGCAUUAAGUUUAACUUGAGUACAGCAGAGCAUGUAAGUUGUCCAUCAAUAUUCUUUCUCCCCAUUUAUAAUAGAAUUCUCAGUUUUUAGCUGGGUAUAUGACUGCCCAAAAUACUCACAUAGAUGUGGCUAAGUGAGUAUGUUCUAGCUAAUGGAGUGUAAGCAAAAAUGGUGUGUCCUUAUGUGAAGAGAUCCUGCCUUUCUCCCUCUCCCUCUCUUUCUUCCUGUUGGCUGGAAUGUAUGCAUGAUUGCUGGAGCUGGAGCAGCCAUCCUAGACCUCAAGAUGACCCUGGGAAAGGAAGCCAAGUAUAACAAAUCACAGAAGUCUAGGUGCCUGGUACUGUGGGACAAUCCUCCAGUCCUGAAUUGCUUCCUCUGGACUUUUAAGUGAUACUGCUAAGAAAUAGACUCUCCCUUGUUUAAGCCGCUGUUAUUUUGAGUUUUCUAGCACUCACAUUGAUCCUAAUCAUAAUGAACCAAGGGAAACCCUAGUGGCUGCAUGCCAAAGCCCUGCUUCUCAAUCAGUUUCAUCAGUAAUAAAACUAAUAUUUUUAUUUCUCUCUGACUCCUGUGUCUUAUUUCUCAUUUAUUUCUAAAUAUUGAGCAAGGGAAAAGGACAUGAUUAAUUACCACCCUCUCCAAAAAAAACCAAACCCAGUGCCAUCGAUUUGAUUCCAACUCAUAGGACAGAGUAGAACUGCCCCAUAGAGUUUCCAAGGAGCACCAGCAGAUUCGAACUGUCCGACCCUUUGGUUAGCAGCCAUAGCACUUAACCACUACGCCACCAGGGUUUCCUGUCACCCUCUAGAACCCUAAUAAUUACCACCAAUAGUGAAGAAUAUAGCCAUGAGACUGACUAUGUACAUAAUCAAAUGUCAUAAAAGGAAACACAUUGUAAAAUUUUCAUUAUAUGCUUGGCUAGACUAGCAUGUGAAGUUAUGCUUCAAAACUUCAAACAACCUCAUAUCUUUAUAUAUUAAUAACAUGAAAAUAACCCUGUCAACACCACAGAAAGAGGCAGGAGUUUGAUAGACCCCAUUUCGACUUCUGGAGAGGCAAGCAUCUCUAGCUUCCUUCCUCAUAGCAAGGGGUGUUAUAAAAACAAAGUUACUAUGGAGGUUUAGUAGACAUUUUGAAAGUUAAAAUAACUAUCAAAGCCUUUAAUUAUUGUUCAGAAGCCUGGGUGGCACAAGCAGUUUGCAGUUGGCUGCAAACCUAAAGGUUGGUGGUUCAAACUCACCCAGUGGUUCCGUGGAAGAAAGCCCUUGCAAUCUGCUUUUAUAAAGAUUGCAGCCAGGAAAAUGUUAUGGAGCAGUUCUAGUCCGUAACACAUGGGGUCUCCGUGAGUCGGAAUUGACUCAGUGGCAUCAGAUAGUGUUUAAUAAAUUUCUAACACAUUUAAACCCUACUACCAGAAUUUGGCAGUGGGUAUUUUU